AUCCGGGUGAGGAGAGGCUCGCCGCUCGGCGACGGUCGCUGGCCGCUGCUUCCAGGCCCGGCCCGUGGGCGGGAGGCGAGCGCGCGCGGUCGGUCUCGCUCGGCGGACCUGUUAACACCAGCGCGCUGUGGGAACAGCGGCCGCGGGACGAGAGGGCUGGCUGGGCCUGUUUGUGUGCGUAGACCCGGCUGAUUUGCCUGAAUCCAUUUACCCCCGCGGCCGGGGGUUUAGCGGAGUGGCCGGCCGAUCUCUGCAUUUAAAGUGGUCCCCAGAGGGAUCGUCAUUUGCUGCCGGCGUUUUGGAAUAGGAGAAGGCAUGAGGGUGAUGCCUCGACUUUAAGAUCCUGUGUUGGUCCUUGGCUUUGGUAGGACUACGAGUUAACUGGACCAGUUGUGAUGGUUUGGUUGCAGUCUUGGAGAGUUGGGUUAGAGAUUGGUGGAUCCAUUUAAUUCAAGAAAAUGGAGACCGAACAGCCAGAAGAAACCUUCCCCAACACCGAAACCAAUGGUGAAUUUGGUAAACGCCCUGCAGAAGAUAUGGAAGAGGAGCAAGCCUUUAAAAGAUCUAGAAAUACUGAUGAGAUGGUUGAAUUGCGCAUUUUGCUUCAGAGCAAGAAUGCUGGAGCAGUGAUUGGAAAAGGAGGCAAGAAUAUUAAGGCUCUCCGUACAGACUACAAUGCCAGUGUUUCAGUCCCAGACAGCAGUGGCCCCGAGCGCAUACUGAGUAUCAGUGCUGAUAUUGAGACGAUUGGAGAAAUUCUGAAGAAAAUCAUCCCUACCUUGGAAGAGGGCCUGCAGUUGCCAUCACCCACUGCAACCAGCCAGCUCCCGCUCGAAUCUGAUGCUGUGGAAUGCUUAAAUUACCAACAUUAUAAAGGAAGUGACUUUGAUUGCGAGUUGAGACUGUUGAUUCAUCAGAGUCUGGCAGGAGGAAUAAUUGGUGUUAAAGGUGCUAAAAUCAAAGAACUUCGAGAAAACACUCAGACAACAAUCAAGCUUUUCCAGGAGUGCUGCCCUCACUCUACUGACAGAGUUGUUCUUAUUGGAGGAAAACCUGAUAGGGUUGUAGAAUGCAUCAAGAUCAUCCUUGACCUUAUAUCUGAGUCUCCCAUCAAAGGACGUGCACAACCUUAUGAUCCCAACUUUUAUGAUGAGACCUAUGAUUAUGGUGGUUUUACAAUGAUGUUUGAUGACCGCCGAGGACGACCUGUGGGAUUCCCCAUGAGGGGAAGAGGUGGUUUUGACAGAAUGCCUCCUGGUCGGGGUGGGCGUCCCAUGCCUCCUUCUAGAAGAGAUUAUGAUGAUAUGAGCCCUCGUCGAGGACCUCCACCACCACCACCUGGUCGAGGUGGCCGGGGUGGCAGCAGAGCCCGGAAUCUGCCUCUUCCUCCUCCACCACCACCCAGAGGGGGAGAUCUAAUGGCUUAUGACAGAAGAGGAAGGCCUGGAGACCGCUAUGAUGGCAUGGUUGGGUUCAGUGCUGAUGAAACUUGGGAUUCUGCAAUUGACACAUGGAGCCCAUCAGAAUGGCAAAUGGCUUAUGAACCACAGGGUGGUUCUGGAUAUGACUAUUCUUAUGCAGGGGGCCGUGGCUCAUAUGGUGAUCUUGGCGGACCUAUUAUCACUACACAAGUAACUAUUCCCAAAGAUUUGGCUGGAUCUAUUAUUGGCAAAGGUGGUCAGCGGAUUAAACAAAUUCGUCAUGAAUCUGGAGCAUCAAUCAAAAUUGAUGAACCUUUAGAAGGAUCUGAAGAUCGGAUCAUUACCAUUACAGGAACACAGGACCAGAUACAGAACGCACAGUAUUUGCUGCAGAACAGUGUGAAGCAGUAUGCAGAUGUUGAAGGAUUCUAAUGCAAGAUAUUUUUUCUUUUUUAUAGUGUGAAGCAGUAUUCUGGAAAGUUUUUCUAAGACUAGUGAAGAACUGAAGGAGUCCUGCAUCUUUUUUUUUUUAUCUGCUUCUGUUUAAAAAGCCAACAUUCCUCUGCUUCAUAGGUGUUCUGCAUUUGAGGUGUAGUGAAAUCUUUGCUGUUCACCAGAUGUAAUGUUUUAGUUCCUUACAAACAGGGUUGGGGGGAGGGCAUGCAAAAACUAACAUUGAAAUUUUGAAACAGCAGCAGAGUGAGUGACUUUUAUUUUUUGUUCAUUGUUGGUGGUUUUAAAAAAAAUUCCCCCCAUGUAAUUAUUGUGAACACCUUACUUUGUGGUCACUGUAACAUUGGGGGGUGGGACAGGGAGGAAAGUAAUAGUCCACAUGUCCCUGGCAUUUGUUCAGAGCAGUGUGCAGAAUGUAAUGCUCUUUUGUAAGAAACGUUUUAUGAUUUUUAAAAUAAAUUUAGUGAAUCUAUUUUUGGUGGUCUUUUUUUUUUUUAAGACAAUUUCAAAUGGUGGUUGAAUUUUCCAGCCCACCCCUAAACUAAACACUAAGUUUGAUUUUCAGCAGCUCCUCUGUUGGAUAUAAGUGCACCUCUUGGACAUAGACAAAAUACAUUGGCAAACUCAGUUUGGGUGACUUCUUAAUGGUUGGAAAGACUUGGCUUGAUAAAUUUCCAUCACAUAUUCAUGCUUAUAAUAAGCUUGGGAUUUUGUUUGUUUUUGCAAAUGUUUGCCACUACUUUUCAACAGUUUUCUGUUAGUUGUGGAGAACUGCGGUGGGGAGCAAUACUACAAGAGUUACGCAUCUUAAGUAUAUGCCAGAAGCCUGAUGGGCAAUGAGCUUUAUUAACCAGAGUAAACUUGGUUAUGGAAGUGGCUGAUGCUGAAUAAAUCCUGGUUAUUUUUGUUAGAUAAUUUCUCACCUAUAGACUUAAAGCUGUCAACCUGCUAGUGUCUUGUUAGUUGAACUUUGUAAAAAUAUAUAUAUAUACUUGUUUUUCCAUUGUAUGCACAAUGAAAGAAAAAAGAUGUACCAUUUCUCUGUUGUGUGUUGAAUUAUGUAGGAAAUGUUUGUGAACGAUUCGAAAAAAAUGGAAAAAGUUCCUGUGGAUGUUUUGUGUAGUAACUUGGCAUCUGUAUUGAUAGUUCAAAAUCCACAUCUAAAUAAAACUUCCAUGAUGUUAGUUA